UGACGUCAGAGCUGAGCGAGGGCCCCCCCGCCCGCCGCUCGCCCCCGGGCGCUGCACCCCGCCUGCCCUCCAUAAGAGCCAGGCCCGCGCCCACCGCGCCGCAGCUGCUCUGCGGAGCCCGCACGCCCGCGCUCCUCCUGCGCUCCGCUGGCGAGCCGCACCAUGCAGCCGGCCCUGCUCCUCGGCCUCAUGGGCGCCGCAGCUCUGGCCGCUGUCCGCUCAGUUCCGGUGGAUAACAGGAAUCACAAUGAAGAAAUGGUGACUCGAUGUAUCAUUGAAGUCCUCUCAAAUGCCCUGUCCAAGUCCAGUGUUCCAACAAUUACCCCUGAGUGCCGGCAAGUCCUGAAGAAGAGUGGGAAAGAAGACAAAGAUGAAGAGAAAGGUGAAAAUGAGAACACGAAGUUUGCAGUACGAUUGCUAAGAGACCCAGUGGGUGCCUCAUUAGCCCACGGGCCCUCCGGUAGGGAGGAAACAGGAGCUCCAGAAGAAGAUGCUCAAGGCCAGACAAAGGCAGAUAGUGAGAAGUGGACAGGAGAAGGCGGACACAGCCGAGAGGUAGUGGGUGAACCCCAGGGCAGUCUCCGCACCUCCAACCAACAAGUGUCCAAAGAAGCAAAGAUACAGCUUUCGGAAGAGAGGGGUGGAGAGGAAAGGGAGGAAGGAAGAGAAGAAAAGGAAGGCAAGGAUAUCCCAAAAGGAGAGCACAGGGAAGAUGCUGGUGAAGAGAAACACCUUGAAGAUUCUGGAGAGAAACAGAGCACCUUCUCCAACAAAAGAAGCGAGGCUACAGCUAAGAAACAAGAGGAGUCAGUGGCCAGAGCAGAUGCACGCUCUAUGGGGCUCUCUGAGAAGACACACAGCAGGGAGCAGAGCAGCCAGGAGAGUGGGGAGGAGGCAAGGACACAGGAGAAACUCCAGGAGCUUAGCAACCACAAGGAGAGCCAAGAAGACUCUGAGGAAGAGGAGGAAGAUGAAGCCUCUGAAGUAGCCAAACGAUGGCCCAGACACCACCAUGGGAGAAGCCGGCCCAGCAAGUUGUCUCAAGAAGGGCAUCCUCUGUCUGAGGGAAGGAGGCGUGCUCCUGAGGAGUCAGAGGAGGCAGAUGUGAGCACAGCCAGCUUAGGGGAACAGAGGGGUCACCGCCCAACACACUACAGGGCUUCAGAAGAAGAACCUGAAUAUGGGGAAGAAAUGAGAAGCCAUCCGGGUUUCCAGGGUUCUGAGGGCCUUCAGGGACCACUGUAUGGAGGCAGAGGAAGUGAAGAGGAGAGGGCUCCAAGGCCUCACAGCGAGGAGAGCCAGGAAAUGGAGUACAAGACAAACCACCCCAACUCUGAACUUGAAAGCACUGCAAGUAGAUACAGUGAAGAAACUGAGGAGGAGAGAGGCUAUGAGAGGGCAAAGGGACGCCAACACAGAGGCAGGGGUGGUGAGCCAGCUGCCUAUUCUGCUCCUGACACCAGAGAAGAGAAAAGGUUCCUGGAUGAAGGGCACCUCCCUGUUCCUGAAAGCCCCAUAGAUAAGGCAAAAGGGCAUUCACAGAGAAAAUGGCAAGAACAGGAGAAAAGCUACCUCAGCUACGGUGAAGAAGGAGACCAAGGGAAAUGGUGGCAGCAGGAAGAGCUGUUAGAACCAGAAGAAAGCAGGGAGGAAGUCAUGUUUCCAGACAGACAAUAUGCACUCUAUCCCACCACUGAAAAGAGAAAGCGGUUAGGGGCGCUGUUCAACCCGUACUUUGACCCUCUCCAGUGGAAGAACGGUGACUUUGAGAAAAAGGACAACCCAGAUGACCGUUUUCUUGGGGUUGAAGGUGAAGAUGGAAAUGGGUUGACCUUGACCGAGAAGAGUUUCUUCCCAGAGUACAGCUAUGACUGGUGGGAGAAAAGGCCCUUCUCCGAGGAUGUGAAUUGGGGAUAUGAGAAGAGAAGCUUUGCCAGGAUGCCUCCCCUGGACUUGAAAAGGCAAUAUGGCGGAGUGGCUGAGCUGGACCAGCUCCUCCAGUACAGGAAGAAGGCAGCCGAAUUUCCCGACUUCUAUGACUCUGAGGAGCAGAUGGGACCUCAGCAGGAGGCCGCAGAUGGAAAGGCCAGGGCUGACCAGAGAGUUCUGACUGAGGAAGAGAGAAAGGAACUGGACAACUUGGCUGCCAUGGAUCUGGAACUGCAGAAGAUAGCAGAAAAGUUCAGCCACCGGGGCUGACAGUAGGAGAGACCGGCCGUUCACUGAAAGACGCCAUUGAAUCACCCAAACACAGAAAGCAGAGUUUAUUGUUUAUUAAGUGUCCGAUGCAGUUGGAAAUAUCACCCAUCUCUGCCAGAAUGCUGACGCUGUGUGACUAGUAUGACUUGUAGCACAUUCUUCCUGCAAAAUAGAUGUUCUUAUGCCUGUGACAAUGACCAUUGCUGUCUUUGGAACAUAAACAAUAAAGGAUUUACCCGAAACAGA